AUGGAGUCGUCGGAAUUGUGUGUAGUUGAAAGUGCUUCGGUUACCAUGAAUACAAAAAAUAACCGUGGUCAUAUAAUCUUAACCUAUGAAAAAGAUAUUGGAAAUUAUUUGAACGUCGAAAAUAUUGACGAUUGUUUAAAACAUGAACUUUUACGUAACCCUUGGGUACCAAAUACUACUUAUGACUUUAAAAGUGAUUUAAAAUCAUUAAUAACUCGAGCAUUUAGACAUCAAUGGUUGCAUGAAAACGGUUCGUGGUUGACAUAUUCAGCUCUUGAGGGUGUGAAAGGAGCUUUUUGUAGAAUAUGUGUGUUGUUCAAGCCAUCAAUUCAUAGAGGCGUACAAGGUGGAUUUAUAAUAAAACCGUUUACGAAGUAUAAGGAUUUUCAUGCAUCUUCUAAAAUACAUUUGUCUUCAAAUUGGCACACUGAAUCAAUGUCAAGAGCAAAAGAUUUUAUGGAUAUUAUGAAUGGUAAAACAAUUAGUGUUAUUGAACAAGUAAAUUCUGGAUUGCAUAAAGAAAUAGAAACUAAUAGGCUAAAAUUAAAACCUAUUAUAUCAACGAUUUUAUUUUGUGGAACUCAUGACCUUCCCUUACGAGGGAAAAAAUCAGAUUCUGGUGUUUUUCACGAUCUUUUGAAUUUUCGUAUUGAAUCUGGCUAUGAGAUAUUGAAAGAUCAUUUUUUAACUAAUGUGGGAAAUGCUAAAUAUUCGUCCCAUAGAACUCAAAAUGAAUUAAUUACAUUGUGUGGAAAAAUAUUAAAAGAAGAAAUAGUAUGUGAAGCUAAUGCCGCGAAUGCGUUUUCCAUUAUUGCUGACGAAUCAGCAGAUAUUUCUGGUGUUGAGCAGCUAACAAUUGUAAUUAGAUUUUAG